AUGCGAGCGCCUGCUGCGCCUGGGCCUCCUGGGCCUGUGGCCAUAAUUCAAGGCCCAUACAUCGAAAAUGGGCUCAGGCUCAGUCACUGUCCAUCACCCCACUUAUCGGUGGCCCAUUUGGCCAAAUUAUUACCAAUUAAUGAAUGCUCUAUAUAAAAGAUUAUAUUUUUGUGUUUAUAAAUUAAUUUUUAUUGAAAAAUUAUUUAAAAUAAAACACGGCGGAUUGUAAAUCGCCAGAUAUUGGCGCAAUCCCUGGUCGGUGGAGCGCGAAGACCGCAUGGUCAGGUUAGCAAACUACUGACGAGGCCCUGAACUGAGCCCACGAGCGCCACCGCGGAGACCAGGAAGCAGGCGAGACUGAAGCUCCGCAGGCCCACCCACCUCCCCGUCCAAGCCCUCGUCUUCCUCUGCGCCAAGCUCAUCUCCACCGGGAAGUACACCAUCAGCGGCCAGAAGCAGAAAGCCCCCGUCACCGCAAGGAACUCGUUGAAGUACGGGAAGACCAUCGCCGCCACCGUAGUCAACGCUACGUAAGCCGUCCGAAGGCAGACCCUGAGAAGAUUCACCCUGCAGAAUGGCCCAGUGGCCUCUCCGCCGCCGCAGGGGAAGUACUCUCUCAACGACCUCUCCGCGAAUUCGAACACCGGCUGGCUGUAG